GGAGGCUACUCUAAAAAGUAGGCUAACCAAUUCAGGAAGCGAGAACCGGAUCGCUAGCUACUGGACAGAUUUGUGUCUUUCUACUCUUACUUAAUUGACAUGAGCUAUCCUUACCAAGGAGGUGGUAAUCCUGGAUACCCAGGUGGUGGGUAUGGGCAACCCCCAAUGGGUGGCUAUCCCCAACAAGGAGGGAUGCCGCAACCAGGUGGUAUGCCGCAACCAGGCGGUAUGCCACAGCCUGGUGGCUACCCACAACCAGGGGGUGGUUACCCUCAGCCAGGAGGUGGAGGUUUCCAGCAACCACAGGGCUUUGGAGGGGGUAUGGGUAUGCCGACCCCUGAGUCUGCUUCUGCAGCAGCGUAUGGACAGUCUGGGGCCCCGGGGGGAAUGCCUGGUUAUCCUGCUCAGCCACAGCCUGGUGGAUUAGGUUUUGGUGGAGGAUCUGCCCCACCAUCAGGACCAGGGUUUGGAGGAGGGGCUCCUGGCUAUGGGGCACCUCCUGGAGGCUACACAGGAGCACCACCUCCUCAGCCUGCUAUGCCAAGUUAUAACCAGCCUCCUCAGCAAUCAUACCAAUCCAGUGCACCAGCACCAGCCUAUGGUUCCAGUCCAGGAUACCAGCCACCACAGCAACAGGGAUAUAACCAACCCCCUCAACAGGGGUACAACCAACCCCCUCAACAAGCUUUCAACCAACCACCUGCCAACCCCUCCUAUGCAGGUUCAGCUCCAGGAGGUUAUGGGGCAUCAGCCCCUUCAGCGCCAUCUGGUGGUCAUCCAUAUGGUGCCCCUGCCUCCAACACAGGUAUGGGAGGAGGCAUUCCAGGAGCAGGUGCCUUUAAACAAAAGACUGUGACCUGGCUCCGUGUGUCAACCAUCAUAAAGACUGUGUCCAGGCUCAGUGUGCUGACUAGCAUAGAGUCUGUGUCCAGGCUCAGUGUGUCAACCAGCAUAGAGACUGUGUCCAGACUCAGUGUGUCAACCAUCAUAGAGACUGUGUCCAGGCUCAGUGUGCUGACUAGCACCAGGCUCAGUGUCCUGACCAGCAUAGAGACUGUGUCCAGGCUCAGUGUGAUGACCAGCAUAGAGACUGUGUCCAGGCUCAGUGUGAUGACCAGCAUAGAGACUGUGUCCAGGCUCAGUGUGCUGACUAGCAUAGAGACUGUGUCCAGGCUCAGUGUGAUGACCAGCAUAGAGACUGUGUCCAGGCUCAGUGUGAUGACCAGCAUAGAGUCUGUGUCCAGGCUCAGUGUGUCGACCAUCAUAGAGGCUGUGUCCAGACUCAGUAUGCAGACCAUCAUAGAGACUGUGUCCAGACUCAGUGUUCUGACCAGCAUAGAAACUGUGUCCAGGCUCAGUGUGCUGACUAGCAUAGAGACUGUGUCCAGGCUCAGUGUGCUGACUAGCAUAGAGACUGUGUCCAGGCUCAGUGUGCUGACUAGCAUAGAGACUGUGUUCAGACUCAGUGUUCUGACCAGCGUAGAGACUGUGUCCAGGCUCAGUGUGCAGACCAGCAUAGAGUCUGUGUCCAGGCUCAGUGUGUCAACCAGCAUAAAGACUGUGUCCAGGCUCAGUGUGUGUCAACCAGCAUAG